UCAGACUGGAGAAGAGAAAGUCCAUCGAGGGAAUAACUUGGAGAUUGCUCAGUAAGCAACCAAGAAAUGCAGUCUUCAAGGCUUUUGAUUGCUGACCGUUCCAUUUCUUUUCCUCCUACAAAGAAAGACUUGAUAUGAGAGCAUUAGAAAAGAGCAAAAGCUUUCUAUUGCUGCACAGAGAAAUGUGAUGCGCAUGGAGACGCAGCAACCGGAAACUCCAUCAGUCUCCUGCAAAACUUAAGCCUGAACACCCGCACUUCCUCCAGAAGAAGCCGGGGAUUCAAGAGAGUCUGAUCUUACCCACCUGUACUUUUUCCUGCUGACCCCCCUCUUCUCCUUGCUGGAAGCUCAGUCAUGCAGGUGUCCAUCGCCUGCACAGACCACAACCUGAAGAGGGGCAAUGGGGACCACAGCAAGCAGAGCGCCACCAGCCCCAGUGUGGUCAACCAAGCCAGGGCCAAGUUCCGCACGGUGGCCAUCAUCGCUCGCAGCUUUGGCUCCUUCACUCCACGCCACAUCUCACUCAAGGAGUCCACGGGGAAACACACGGGCAUGAAGUACAGGAACCUGGGAAAGUCAGGUCUAAGGGUUUCUUGCCUUGGACUUGGUACAUGGGUGACGUUUGGAGGUCAGAUAACAGAUGAGGUUGCAGAGCAGCUGAUGACCAUUGCCUACGAGAGCGGGGUCAACCUGUUCGACACAGCCGAAGUCUACGCAGGCGGCAGGGCUGAAGUGAUUAUUGGAACCAUUAUCAAGAAGAAGUGCUGGAGGAGAUCCAGCUUGGUCAUCACAACCAAACUUUAUUGGGGAGGAAAAGCAGAGACAGAGCGAGGCCUGUCUAGAAAGCACAUUAUCGAAGGUCUGAAAGGGUCUCUACAAAGGAUGCAAUUGGAGUAUGUUGAUGUUGUUUUUGCCAACCGCCCUGACAGCAACACUCCUAUGGAAGAGAUUGUCCGGGCCAUGACCUAUGUGAUCAACCAAGGAAUGGCAAUGUACUGGGGAACGUCUCGGUGGACGGCCAUGGAGAUCAUGGAGGCAUACUCGGUGGCAAGACAGUUUAAUCUGAUCCCUCCGGUGUGUGAGCAGGCGGAGUACCAUCUCUUCCAGAGGGAGAAAGUGGAAGUGCAACUGCCUGAACUCUAUCACAAGAUAGGAGUUGGAGCGAUGACUUGGUCACCGCUGGCGUGCGGCAUCAUUACAGGGAAAUAUGAGAACGGCAUUCCUGAAUCUUCCAGGGCUUCCAUGAAGUCAUAUCAGUGGCUGAAAGAGAAAAUUGUGAGCGAAGAUGGACGGAAGCAGCAAGCCAAGCUGAAAGAGCUCAACCACAUUGCAGAGAAGCUGGGAUGCACGCUACCUCAACUGGCUGUGGCAUGGUGUUUAAGGAAUGAAGGCGUGAGUUCAGUCCUGUUGGGAACAUCCAACCCCGAGCAGCUCACAGAGAACCUCGGGGCCAUACAGGUCCUUCCCAAGAUGACCUCUCACGUUGUGUCUGAAAUCGACCACAUUCUGGGCAACAGGCCGUACAGUAAGAAGGACUACCGCUCCUAGAUCUUGCUUGUAGGACCAGCAAGAGGUCAAGUUCUCCUACAGACUUGCCAUACCGCUAUCAUGGACCUACUGUGGCCUGCCUCAGACUGGAACAGACCCCGCGUUGCAUGACAUGGUCUGUCUGAGCCGUCCUGCCGGGUUCCGCGAGGCUCACUUCGGGUGCGAACCUGUUCAGUCUCUCUUUGAUGCUUCUAGUUUACCUUAGUCCACGUGGCCUGUUUAGCACCAGUCCUGACACGUGGCGCAGCCUGUUAAGUACAAUAUGUCUAAAGCAGGGGUGGGCAAACAUUUGUGCUCCAGAGCAACAUUCAAAGUUUAAGACUCUCCACACUUCGCUUUAUAGCCACAGGUACAAAAUUAUCGUGUUAUAGUAAAACUAUAUGUGUAUAUCUACUACUGUAUAUACUGAAUUGGUAUUGCGGCGCCCGUCUGGAUCUUGCGUCGUACCUGGAAAUUGAAUUUUGUAGUGAAAGCUCUUGUGAUAUUUUUUGACAGGUGAUAUUAAUUUUUGAUUGGCCGUUACAUCUGCGACAUUGCAACUGCCUUCAUCUGAUGGUCGGCCACUUAUGAACACUAGCUGCAGAACCAUGCACACUGCGCGACAGCUCAGUCGCGUUUGUCAGCGUCGCUCAGUGUGUGGUGGGAAAAUGGGCCAGAGGAGGAAAAAUGUGAAUGUAAAAUUAUCUAAAGCAAAACAGUUUAUUUUAAUAAUAAAAUAAUAAUUCAUGCUCAUUGCAAAAUUCUAUUAUUAAUAAUUAAUUAGUGGUAGUGUAGUGACACAGAUGGCGAUUCCCAGUCAGUGCCCCAAUACCCAGCCACUGCUAGUCCCAAGUCUACUUAAAAAUUGCAUGGGUUGUGUCAGGAAGAUCAUCCAGUGUAAAAACUGUGCUGAACAAAUCAUGUGAGUGACUCACUGCGGUGAACCCAGAUGGGAAAAGUUGCAACAUAAUGAAUUCAAUUGUCAUCGAUGAACUAAUUUUUUAAUUAAAAAAAAUGCACAUCCAUCGUCAACACCGCUUAUCCUGGUUAGGGUCGCGGAGCCUAUCCCAGCUGACUUUGGGCGAAAGGCAGACUACACCCUGAACUGGUCGCCAGUCAGUCACUGGGUACAUAUAGACACAGACAACCAUUCGCACUCACAUUCACACCGUCACUGAGUGGGAACUGAACCCACGCUGCCCGCACCAAAGUCAGGCAAGUGUACCGCUACACCAUCAGUGACUUGGUUGAAAUUUAAUUUAAAUAUUUAUUUUUUACUUUUACCAAUUUGUUGAGUCGUAUGUGUCCCACAAGCCAUACUUUGCCCACCCAUGCUCUAGAGCGACCUCAACAUGACGAGCGGCACAUCAGGAGCGUUUCAAGAAAAAGUGCCUUGCUUGAGAGCAACUUGCAGGUCCAGUAGGGGAGCAAGUUAAGCCUCUUCCACGCAGAGACGCCACGAAAGAGCAGCAUUAGAGCCAGAACAGAGGAGCCUGCAUUUCUACACCUUUGCCUUUCACAGAACAUCCAUCCAUCCAUCCAUUUUCUGAGCCGCUUCUCCUCACUAGGGUCGCGGGCGUGCUGGAGCCUAUCCCAGCUGUCAUCGGGCAGGAGGCGGGGUACACCCUGAACUGGUUACCAGCCAAUCGCAGGGCACAUACGAACAAACAACCAUUCACAUUCACAUUCACAUUCACACCUAUGGGCAAUUUAGAGUCUCCAAUUCAUGCAUGUUUUUGGGAUGUGGGAGGAAACCAGAGUGCCCAGAGAAAACCCACGCAGGCACGGGGAGAACAUGCAAACUCCACACAGGCGGGGCCGGGGAUUGAACCCCAGUCCUCAGAACUGUGAGGAUGACGCUCUAACCUUUCACAGAACAGAACUUUGCAUAGUAAAAUAUUGACAUUAUUGUGUGUGCAUUCACAGCAAUUUGGCAUCCAAUCAGGCAAACUUACAGUGGAUAGAAAAUGUCUCCAUACCUGUUCAAGCCAAGUUUUUUGUGAUCAUGCUUUGGGACUGUUUUUCUUCAGCUGGAACUGCAUGGGGCCUUCGUCAAGGUGGAGGGAAUUCUGAAAAGUUCCAAAUACCAGCCGGUGUUAGCACAAAGCCGUCAGGCUUCAGCGAAAAAGUAAAAAAAUAUUUGUGGUUAAUCAGGGGCACUUUAAAUGUUGGCAGGUGUGUGCUGACUCUCAUUCAAGUUUCAAUGUUAUUUCUGAACACAGCCACACCUCAUUAUCUAAGUUGUCCAUUUUUAUUUACCCUCUCAAAAAUAUUUCCUCUUUUUUUUUUUUUUUUUUUUUAUUGAGUUGUAGUCAUAGGACACAUUAAUGGUAGAAAAAGUUUUGUCAUGAUUUGUCUUCGCCUCAUUUUUAAUAACACAAAAAAUAGCAUUGGAUAAUGGGUGUGUAGUCUUAUUUAUCCAUUGUAUGUGCCUAAAAAGAAACCUUUUUGAACACCAAAAAUUACUUUCAAUACAACACAGGCGAGGCGAGCUCCGAAGGUGGAAUAUUUAUGCCUUUGUGCAUGUAGAGAAGUGACAAGGUCUUUUACAGGCAGUGUGAAAGGGGCUUUCAUUUCAGUGUUACACUACCCACUUGUUUGCUCCCGAAUGACUCAAACCCACUUAGCUCAUUUCACAUUGGUACAUUUUAGCAAAAGUCAGCAUUGUUUUGGAUGCAACACACACACACACAAACGUGAGUGACGGUGUCUCAGGAAAGUGGUUGUAAUAGCCUAUGGAACAAUGGAGAUUAAAAAAAAAAAUAUAUAUAUAUAUAUAUAUAUAUGAUACUUUUACUCCAAAAAUACCGAAUUGUGUACUACUUAUUUAGUAGAUUGACAACAACUCUGCUAUGUAAGCCUAAUAUUAACAUAAUAGAUACAAAUUAAUGCAUGCAUGGGUUCACUGUUGCUUGGGUUCAACAAAGCACACAAUUAAACCGUAUAUUACUAACGGGGGUAGGGGGCUCGCUCCAAGUUCCCCUUGGCCAGAUGGAAAGAUGUCGCUCUCUUGUGGUCAAUCGAGGAACUGAAGGACAAGAGCGAAAAGAGUGCUGUUCUUUCCUUCCAGGUGCGUUUAUUUUCAUAUAUUUCCCCAUUUUGUUUUCUGCCGAUCAGCGAAUACUGCAUUGCAAAUGGAUGGAACAAACACAGCUAUUCACGUAAUAAUUCUUACUGAUUUCAUGGAAAAUGGCUUACAGGCUUAAGUAUUUUGACAUGUUCUAAAAGUAUUCCUUCUGAGGGACUGUAGUGGCAUUUGGAGCCGUAGUUUAAUGGGAUGUACAGUAUUAUAGAAUGCUAGGGUAUGCCUUGUAACAUAAAUAUCCAGAAGGCUCGUGCAUUUCAGAACUGUAUAUGGACUGGUUGAUUUAUGAGUAUGAUGUAAAUAGUUAUUUUUCAAGUUGCAUUGUUGAGUCACUCAUUCUGAAGGACAAGUACAUUUCAUCUUCAACAAUAAACAGCUCAAACCAAGUACUUCAUUUGCCAGAUUUUGAGGAGAAAAGAUUCACCGAUAUGUUCCAACUGACUAAAUGGUCAACUCUGCUCUGGUGGUUGCUCUUGUGGGGAAUAAAGCAAAACAUAAGUCAAAUUACAUCUUGUUCAUUAUAUCGGCACUACCCAAUUGGGUCUAGAGCUGUAGCUUGAGGGUCCACAAAAUCAUUUCCACAUUACUGUAUGUUGUAUCAUUUAAAAAAAAAAAAAAAAAAAAAAAAAAAAACAA